AUGCAGACCCUGUUGUUCCCUACGGCGUACCGCGUCCCGCCGCGCAAGGAAGCGCAGGCUAUAGGAGUUGGCUACGCACAGGAUCACCCCAACUAUCACGCACACUACCACGAUGUUCACGGACACUAUGCUCCACGGCCAGAGCACAACCCACCUGCCCCACAGCUGUAUCCAAUCAGUGACGAUUGGCGGCUUCCAUCUAGCAUGCCGCCAAUCCCGGACGCUGCACGCUCACAAUUCAGUAGUCUCGCGAACGCCCUCGGGGACGUUAUGCUGAAGCUCAACUCACCGACAAGUGCGGCCCCGGUUACGCGCGCCUCGUCUCCGCCCUGUGCCGGUUCAGGUACGCUAUCGCUGCCGACCGUAUGGCCGGCACCUCCAUUUCCCGCCACCAACCCGCUAUCGAUCACGCCAGCCAAGAACAAGGACGGAGAGCAGGACGUUAUGCCAGGCGUUACCUUUUCCUACGGAACGACGCCGCCUAUCCCGACGACCCUCAACCUAUCCUCUCUUGCAAGAGCAGGAGAUUCGCCGGCGGAGGUUACGUGCGCACCGCCUCAGCCCGCCACCGGUCCACGUACGCCAUCGUUGCAGCGCGUACAACCGACGCUUCUACUCCCCGCCACCAAAGCGCUAUCGAUCACGCCAGUCAAGAUCGGAGAUGGCGAGCAGGACGCUGUGCAAAGCGUUACCUUCAUCCACGAGACGGGAACGCCUGUCUCGAUGACGGCGAGCACGUCCUCUGACGCCAAAACUGGAGAUUCGUCGGCGGAGGGCGAGCCGCCACGGCGUCGUCCGAAGCGGACCCGCGGGCCAAAUAAGGGUCCCCGGAAGGGUCGAGGGUUUCUCGCAUGCUUCUUCUGCCGAGGCCGCAAGAUAUCAUGCAAUCCAGUGGUGGGCAGCGGAGACAAGACGUGCGAGUGA